UUUAGCGCUGUCACAGCGCUCAGAAAAACGAUCAGCUGUUCUUCGUUUGAUGUAACUUUGGGACGGAAACCAGCAGCGGGUCUGACCACAGGCAUGGCAACAGCUCAGUCAGCAUUCACUUUGGCUGUGAGCAUUCUGCUCAUCACCGAGAAAUUACUCAUCAUUCUGGCCGAGAAAGACUACUACGAGAUCCUGGAUGUACCCAAAGAUGCAUCUGACCGGCAGAUCAAAAAGGCUUUCCAUAAAUUAGCCAUGAGGUAUCACCCUGAUAAAAACAAAAGCCCUGACGCAGAGGCAAAGUUCAGAGAGAUCGCUGAGGCAUAUGAAACAUUAUCAGAUGACAAUCGGAGAAAGGAGUACGAUCAGAUGAGGAGCAGUCCAUUCUCCAGAGAGAGUCCGAGAGGAGGCGGUGACCACUUCCAUCAACAUUUUAGCUUCAACUUUGAUGAUAUAUUCGGAGGCUCUGACAAGUUUGGACACAGUCCUCAUUUGCAUAAUAAAAGACAUUUCGAGAGGCACUUUCAGGCCCACGAAGAAGCACGCAGCAGGCACAGGAGGCACUUCCAGCACUCUUUUGGUGGUGACAAGUUUGAUGAUAUGUUUGAGGAUAUGGAGAGGAUGUUCUUUUUUAAUGGACACCAGACUCGGACUCAAAGCAAGUUUCACGGUUCCAGCAGGCAGCACUGUAGGACUGUCACACAGCGAAUGGGCAACAUGGUUACAACAUACACAGACUGCUCUUGAGUUAAUGUGCACAUAGAAAUGUCUUUUGGUUGUGUGGAUUGAAACUGUAAUUAAUUCUGUUUUGCUUUUUUUGUGUUUUGGAUCAGUUCUGAUGACCUCUAUAAAAUCGUCUGCAAGAAUCACA